AUGCGAGGCUCUAGUCUUCUCCCCAAACAGCUGCGCUCCCUGGGCAAAAGCGAUAGCUGGUUGAACCAAACUAUCACCUCCAAUCUCCUUGCUGCGUCGCAUGUGGCUUGCCAGCAUCCUAUCCAUACCAUCGUAGCGAUCGCUUUGUUGGCCAGCACCUCUUACAUCGGAUUACUGCAAGAGAGUCUGUUCGACAGUGGGAUAAAAUCCCUCCAACACAAUGGCCGGGUUGACGUAGAGGCUUUACUCAAAGGAAGCAGGACACUAGAACUGUCACAGAACACUGCGUGGAAGUGGCAGUUUUCGGACGACUCUGGUGUCCCGGAGGUGUCACUUGGCUCCAACCACUACGCCCUCACAACUCUUGUCUUCCCAGACUCUUCCUCUGCUCCUGAUGCUCAGUCUAUUCCUAUCCCGGUCAAUAUCACAGCCACGAAUAUUCCAACCACCUCGAACCUCCUCUCUCCGAUAUCGCACGACGCUUCCCUCGCGUUCUACACCACGUUUUCCGAUCUACCCGACUUCCUAAGGGCUGCACAAAAAUUACCGGCACAGAUUGCGCCAUCGGAUACAGACGAGCAAGCAUCAUGGAUCAUGAAAGCUGCUCGUGUGGGCAAUGGCCGAGCAACCUAUGGAACCUGGUUCCGCGAAGGUUGGACCUCGUUUGUGGAUUUGAUCAAACAUGCAGAGACACUCGACAUCAUCAUCAUGUCUCUGGGCUACCUCUCCAUGCACUUGACCUUCAUCUCACUCUUCCUGUCCAUGAAAAGACUUGGCUCCAAUGCGUGGUUGGCCGUUUCAGUUCUGUUUUCUAGCCUGUUCGCUUUUCUGUUUGGCCUGGUUACAACUACGAAGCUUGGGGUACCAAUUAAUAUGGUUCUGCUGUCCGAGGGUCUCCCCUUCCUUGUUGUGACGGUGGGCUUCGAAAAGUCCAUAAUUCUUACCAAAGCUGUUCUAUCGGCCUCUUACGACACAAAACGACGGCCGACAGCCAACGGUUCGGUUGGUGGAAGUGCUGUUGGACAAGUCGUAGCACCAAACGCCCCCAACUCGAUUCAGGAUGCCAUUCAAAUUGCCAUCAAGGAGACUGGCUUUGAGAUCGUCCGAGAUUACGCAAUCGAGAUUGCCAUUCUCGUUGCUGGUGCUGCUUCCGGUGUCCAGGGUGGCCUACGGCAAUUCUGCUUCUUAGCUGCUUGGAUUCUCUUCUAUGACUGUGUCCUUCUUUUCACCUGGUACACCACCAUUCUCUGCAUCAAACUGGAAAUUAACCGGAUCAAACGUCACGUUGCGCUCCGCAAAGCUCUUGAGGAAGAUGGCAUCAACCACCGAGUAGCCGAAAAUGUUGCCACUAAUAGCGACUGGCCGAACGGACAAUCUGGUCAGACGGGCUUCAACAUUUUCGGCCAAAAGAUUCGACCCAGCAGCGUACCAAAGUUCAAGAUCUGGAUGGUUGGUGGUUUCGUAAUCAUCAAUGUUGUAAAUCUCUGCACCAUUCCGUUCCGGACCUCAACCACCACCAACGCACCAGGAGCUGCAAUGCCUAGCGUUCUUACCCCUGCGCCUAUUGAUCCUUUCAAAGUUGCAGAGAAUGGAUUGGAUACAAUCUACGUCUCGGCAAAGAGCAGAAAGCUGGACACCUUUGUCACAGUCCUGCCCCCAAUCAAAUACGAACUUGACUAUCCCUCUGCUCAGCAAGAGGCGCAGGAUGUACUCGGCUGGUUUGAUCAAGAAUAUACCGAUCAGUUCCUGAAUGUGGUGGGCGGGCGCGUCAUCGAGGGUGUCCUCAAGAGCUUAGAAGACCCGGUCCUGAGCAAAUGGGUGCUGAUUGCUUUAACGCUCAGCUUGAUACUCAAUGGCUAUUUGUUUAAUGCUGCACGUUGGAGUCUUAAGGAGCCUCAGUCAUCAACAAGUUCGCCCUCCGGGCAACAAGUGCCGAAGCUUGAAUUGCCUCUUACUCCUAAAGUCAAACCACUGGACAUUGAUUUGCAGGCAACCUCUGGCCGCUCGAAGGAGGAGUGUGAGCAAAUGUUGAAAGACAAGAAAGCUGCAUACCUCAGCGACGAAGAACUAAUUGACCUAUCGUUGAAGGGUAAAAUCCCUGGUUAUGCCAUCGAGAAAACGCUGGAAGCACCCGAGCUUAUGACUCGUUUGGAUUCGUUUGUCCGGGCCGUCAAAGUGCGAAGGGCAGUCGUUUCACGAACAUCAGGCCCCAAAUUUGCUGCAGGAUUGGAAGUGUCAAAAUCGCCCUACAAAGACUACAACUACGAACUCGUUCACGGUGCCUGCUGUGAGAAUGUCAUCGGAUAUCUGCCUCUUCCACUGGGAGUUGCGGGACCCCUCAUCAUUGAUGGUCAGAGCUAUUUUCUCCCCAUGGCCACAACGGAAGGUGUGCUUGUUGCUUCCACCAGUCGUGGCUGCAAAGCUAUCAAUGCCGGAGGCGGUGCUUCGACCAUUGUCACGGGUGAUGGCAUGACCCGAGGGCCUUGCAUGAGUUUCCCAACCGUCUCAAGAACUGGAGAAGCUAAAAUCUGGUUGGAUUCAGAAGAGGGUCAACGCAAGAUGCGAGAAGCAUUCAACUCAACAAGUCGAUUCGCUCGUUUGCAGUCUAUGAAGUCGGCAAUCGCAGGCACAAAUUUGUUUGUCAGAUUCAAGACAACUACCGGUGAUGCUAUGGGUAUGAACAUGAUUUCAAAAGGUGUCGAAAAAGCUUUGUCUGUCAUGUCAACCGAAUGCGGGUUCGAAGAUAUGACCAUUGUUUCGUUGUCUGGAAAUUAUUGUAUCGACAAAAAAGCUUCCGCCAUCAAUUGGAUCGAUGGAAGAGGUAAGGCAGUCGUCGCGGAAGCCAUUAUUCCGGGCGAUGUGGUCAAGAAUGUGCUCAAGAGCAACGUCGAUGAUCUUGUAGAGCUGAAUGUCUCGAAGAAUUUGAUUGGCAGCGCCUUGGCAGGCAGUAUCGGAGGGAACAAUGCUCAUGCAGCCAACAUCGUGGCAGCAAUCUUCUUAGCCACAGGCCAAGAUCCUGCCCAAGUUGUUGAGAGUGCUAGCUGCAUGACGCUUAUGAAGAACAACAAUGGAAAUCUUCAGAUCAGUGUCUCAAUGCCCUGUCUGGAAGUUGGCACCAUCGGGGGGGGCACCAUCCUUGAAGCUCAGUCAUCAAUGCUCGAUCUGCUUGGAGUUCGCGGUGCCCAUCCAACAACACCCGGGGAUAAUGCUCGACAGCUCGCAAGAAUCAUCGCCGCGGCCGUCCUUGCCGGUGAACUCAGCUUGUGUGCUGCUCUGCGUGCAGGACACCUGGUGAAGGCUCACAUGGCGCAUAACAGGAGCGCCGCGCCUACCCGGACGAGCACUCCCGUCUCCGCAGCCGUGGAGCCCUUCAUCAAAGCCCAGAAUGGGCCAUAUAUUCCUCCCUCCCUGAGGAUGACUAAUGGGAGUGGCAGAUGA